AUGGUUCCGCUCCCGCAGCUGCUUUUUUCAAGAGGCACCCAAAAGGCCAGAGCAGGUCACCGAGCUAUGCCCUCCCUCGUGGAGCAGUUUCGCGCGCAGGAGUCCGUGAGCGGAAAGAUCUCCGUGUCGAUCUACUACUUCAUCCUGAUCUUCGGCGGAAUGACCACCGUCCUGGGUAUGGUUGCUCCGAUUCUUUCGGCAGAUUGCAUGGCUGAUCCGUUUACCACGGAGGGGAUGCCACAACAGGAGCCCGACCAGCUCGUUUGGUUCAAGGCCAUGGGGCGGAUGUGUGGAGCUUUGGGCACCGUGUUCCUCAUCACGGUCUACAUGCUCGGGCAUUCGCUCACGUCGUGCUUCCUGCUGUUUCUCUGGGGAAUCCUCAACUACCUCAACUUUGCUCUGGUCAUACCACAGGACUUCUCGCACGCCGGAGGCUCAGAACAGGCCCUGGUGUGCAUGAGAAAUGUGAGGCAACAAGUUGGAGCCUUCGCGGCCCUGGAGGCUCUGGGGGUCCUGUGUGCCUGGCUCGAAGGUCGGUCAAAGAUAUCAAAGCCUUGCCCCUCCCAGCGUGAGCCCCUCACAUCCCAGGGAAGCUGA